AUGUCUACUACGCCGACUCCUUAUGCUAUCUCAGUUUCGGACACAGCUCUUCAGGAGCUCAACCAGCGACUCUCUUGGGCUAAAUUUCCAACCCAGUUCAAGUCCUCUGAACAGAAUUCCUGGGAGUUUGGAGUUCCAGCCAUAGAGUUGGAGCGACUAGUGACAUAUUGGAAGAACCAAUUUGACUGGAAGAAAGCAGAGGAAGAAUUGAACGAAUUACCUCAUUAUCGUACGGAGAUUGAGGUUGAUGGUUUCGAUAUCCUAGAUAUUCAUUUCAUUCAUCAUGUCAGCCCUGUGAAAAAUGCCAUCCCUCUUCUCUUUAGUCAUGGAUGGCCAGGGUCAUUUAUCGAGGUGAAGAAACUUUUGCCCAUGCUACAAAGUGCUGAUGAUAAACCGGCAUUUCAUGUUGUGGCACCAUCUCUGCCCAACUUCGGGUUCUCAUCUGGUGUAACUGAGCGGGGAUUUGGUUGGGCUCAGUACGCCGAGACGUUUCAUAAGCUUAUGAUCAAGCUUGGCUAUUCUCAAUAUGUCACACAGGGUGGCGAUCUUGGUUUUUGGAUAACUAGGAGCAUGGGUCUUCUUUACCCGGAACAUUGCAGAGCCUCCCAUAUGAACAUGCAUGCUUUUCAACCAUACACAGUCUAUGAAAAAGAGGGCAGAGAGCGAUCGGCAUGGUUCCAGCAUGAAGGUUAUGGAUAUAACCUACUACAGAGCACGAAGCCUCAAACUAUCGGGACGAUUCUAGCAGAAAGCCCUGUUUCUUUGCUAGCGUGGAUUUACGAGAAACUCCAUGACUGGUCAGAUGACUAUCCAUGGACUGAUGAUGAUAUUCUCACAUGGGUCUCUAUCUAUUGGUUUUCCUUGGCGGGGCCAGAGGCUAGUGUUCGCCUUUAUUACGAAGGAAGUCAUCUUCGAUCUGAAAAGCAUUUAUCAUAUGCGAAACUCAUGGAAUAUAUACCCGAUGUCAAGAUUGGGUUCGUGCAUCUUCCCCGUGAGAUCUCUGUGGUUCCUCGCACAUGGGCAGCUGCGAUGGGACCUGUUGUUCAGCAGACUGAAUAUGAUCAUGGUGGUCAUUUUGCGGCUUGGGAGGUUCCCGAGGUCAUAGCGCGGGACCUCCAGAUGAUGUUUGGGAAAGGAGGCCCAUGUUUUGGAAUUAUAUCGGAGAGAGAUGGUUAUUAG